GGUUUCUACUCGAGCUCUCAAAUAAAUUAAUGGUGAUAUGCCCUGAGAGGCUCUGCUCCGGGAUCUCGGAUUCAUCUCCCGGCUCCCAUCCUCUUUCUUCCCCUGAGGGUGUUAGAAUCACUGUCAACCCAAUGGAAUAUUCAAGAAAAAAUCGAAUUUGGAGAGAUUCGUCUGCUAAAAAGCAGGAUUAGGAGUAUAUUCUCUCAUAGAUUUCGUUUCUAUGUUGCCGACGGUAUCAACAAAGCUCUCUUCCUCCUCUUCUCGAAAUUACCUUCAUGUUUGUUAUAAAUUCUUCGGUUUGGUUAGAUUUUUAUUUGUGCUUGUCUGGAUUUGAUCUUCUCUUGUGGGUGGAGAAUUGGAGAUGAAGUUUACUAAGGAGUAUGAGGAGUAUAUGAGGGGGAGGGAGAAGAAUGGGCUGAAAAAAGUUGGAUUGAAGAGGUUUAAGAAGAUACUGAAGAGGUGCCCAAGGGAAUUCCGUUCUCAAUACCAGCACCAAAAGAAGGAAGGAGGAGAAGAAGAGAAUGAGAAGCCAGUUUGGUUCGGGGGUGAGAAUUCUUCGCUUCAUCAAUGCCCUGACCAUUGCACAGUAUGCGAUGGGACUUUCUUCCCCUCCCUUCUUGAGGAGAUGUCAGAAGUUGUUGGUUGUUUUAAUCAACGAGCUCAGCAAUUGCUUGAGUUGCAUUUAGCAUCAGGCUUUCGGAAGUUUGUUAUAUGGCUUGGAAGCAAGGUGAGUAGUAAUCAUGAAGCAUUAAUACAAGAGGGCAAAGAUCUUGUUUCCUAUGCUAUCAUUAACUCCAUCGCCAUGAGAAAAAUUUUGAAGAAAUAUGAUAAGAUCCAUGACUCUAAGCAAGGUCGGACUUUUAGAUCAAAUGCUCGAAGUAUGCAUAUUGAUAUCCUUCAGUCUCCAUGGCUCUGCGAGCUAAUGGCAUUUUACAUUAACUUGAAAGAAAAUAAACCUGACGAGAACGUGAUGCCAGGGCUGUUUGGUGAUUUCUCUCUCACAUUUGAAAAUGGCAAACCCAUGCUUUCUUGUGGCCUUUUCGAUUCAGUGAAUCUUGACAUUGACCUGACUUGUUCUAUUUGCUUGGAAACUGUGUUUGAUCCUGUUUCUCUUACAUGUGGCCACAUCUUCUGCUAUAUGUGUUGCUGCUCUGCUGCAUCUGUUACCAUAGUCGAUGGGCUAAAGAGUGCAGAUUCAAAAGCAAAAUGCCCAUUGUGUCGGAGGGAAGGAGUAUAUGAGGGUGCAGUGCACUUGGAUGAGCUGAAAAUUUUGUUAAGCCGUAGCUGCCCCGGCUACUGGGCGCAGAGGCUUCAAACUGAAAGAGUGGAGCGCGUUCGGCAGGCCAAGGAGCAUUGGGAGUCCCAGUGCCGGGCAUUCAUGGGAGUCUGAGUGGAAGUCAGCUCGAUGUUUGUAUUUCAUUCUACUUGAGCUCUUGCUCUUCUGUAUGUUGUGACAUGUCAUGCUAUGCACUUUGUUGUGAAUGAAGGAAUUGUCAUAUUGAAUUGCAUAAUUACCAGGUGGCAUCCCAUGAUUCCAUGAGUAUUUGAAGUUCUUUCAGAGGUGCGAAAUAUGCCAAUCCUUCUUCUUUAUAGAGGUUGCAAAUUGCAUAUUUGUAAACUCCAAAUUGCUUCUCUGAACUGGAAAUGGAAACAAUCUCUUUGUUGUGGUGUA